AUGAGUCAGGUUCAGCAUUCGCUUGAUCUUUCUGCAGUAUCAAGGCUGUUACAGUCUGCAAAAACCAGUUUGCAAGACAAACAAGCAAACCAAACAAACGAAGUACCAAAACAAGCUUGGGUGCCCAAAAUUCCUCAUUUGCUUGGCUCUGCUUCUAACUUGCCUUCAUAUUUCCAGCAAAAAAAUGUCCCAAGCGUAAAGAAGGAAGAAUUGGUUUCGAAUGCACCUUCCUACCUCGAUGAUGAUUCUUCCAUGGAAGAACCAACUACCUUGAACCCCCAUGUUCCUGCUCCUGGAAUUUCCAAAAAGAAAAAGCCUGCAAAGGACACGGCUGGAGGAGACUGGUUUGACAUGCCCGCAACCGAAUUAACUGAUUCCGUUAAGCGUGACAUUCAACUUUUGAAGAUGCGAAACGUUUUAGAUCCAAAGCGCCAUUAUAGAAGAGAAAAUGCAAAGCAAAUGCCAAAGUACUUCCAAACGGGCACAGUCAUUGAGGGUCCUCAAGAUUACUUUUCCGGUCGUAUUACAAACCGUGAACGACAAUCAACGAUCACUGAUGAACUUGUACAUAGUACCGAACGUCGUGAUUACUUUAAGAAAAAGUACCUCGAGAUUCAAAAAUCAAAGAUGAGUGGCCGCAAAGGACAAUACAAGAAACUCAAAGAAAGGAGGAAGCCUUCUUAUUUAAAAUAA